AUGGAGCAUCCUGUCGAGAACCAGCACCAACACGCCGUGGCCAACGAUGCCAUCGCGUUGGAGCAGCUGGGACACAAGCAGGAGCUGAAGCGAAACUUCUCCCUGGUUUCCAUGCUUGGUCUCGCCUUCGCCAUCCUCAACACCUGGACAGCCCUCGCCGCCUCCAUCUCUCUUGCCCUGCCCUCCGGUGGCCCCAGCGCUGUCGUCUGGGGUCUGAUCGUGGCCGGUAUCUGCAACCUGUGCCUCGCCGCCUCCCUCGCCGAGUUCCUGUCUGCCUACCCCACAGCCGGUGGCCAAUAUCACUGGGCUGCCAUUAUCUCUUGGAAGCGUUGGAGCCGUGGCAUCAGCUACGUGACUGGCUGGAUCAAUGUAUCCGGUUGGGUCGCCCUGACUGCCACUGGUGGUCUGCUCGGCAGCACGUUUGUGCUGAACGUUAUUGCUCUGUUUGAUGAGAACUACGAGUCCAAGGCGUGGCACCAAUUCCUCAUCUACCUUGCCUUCAACGCUGCUGCACUGGCCAUCAACGCAUUCGCCAACAGACUCUUGCCUCUGGUUACCCAGGCCGCCUUCUACUGGUCGGUCGCCGGUUUCAUCAUCAUCAGCAUCACCCUAUUUGCUUGCGCCACGCCUGACUUCCAGCCUGGCUCUUUCGUCUAUGGAAGCUUCAUCAAUGAGGUUGGCUGGCCGGAUGGCCUUGCCUGGAUGCUUGGUCUGCUUCAGGGUGCCUUUGCCUUGACUGGAUUCGAUGGUGUUGCUCACAUGAUUGAGGAGAUCCCCGAGCCGCACAUUCAGGGACCUCGCAUCAUGCUGUACUGUAUCGGCAUCGGUAUGGUGUCUGGUUUCUUCUUCCUCAGCUGUCUCUUGUUUGUCCUCAAGGAUGUCGACGCUGUCAUUGAGUCUGCGGCCGGACCUCUCCUCCAGAUCUUCAUGGAUGCUACCAACAGCAAGGCUGGUAGCACUUGUCUCUUGAUGUUCCCCUUGAUCUGCAUGCUGUUCACCACUACCAGUAUCAUGGCUACCAGCUCUCGUAUGAGCUAUGCCUUUGCCCGUGACCGUGGUCUUCCCUUCAGCCACGUCUUUGCCAGAGUCCACCCUACCCUGGAUGUUCCCCUGAACGCCCUCAUCUGGACAACCGCCUGGGUUGUCAUCUUUGGUUUGAUCUUCCUCGGUUCAUCCAGCACCUUCAACGCCAUUACUGCUGCAUCGGUUGUCGCGCUUGGUGUCACCUACGCCAUUCCUCCGGCGAUCAACUGCCUCCGUGGCCGCAAGAUGUUGCCCGAGACCCGAGCCUUCAAGCUCCCCAACACCAUUGGCUGGAUCUUCAACCUUGUCGGCAUCGCCUGGGCCAUCUUGACCACUGUCCUCUUUGUCUUCCCUCCCGAGACCCCUGUCGAUUCCGAGAACAUGAACUACUGCGUUGCUGCUUUCGGAGUCAUCCUGGUGAUUGCUGGUUCCACUUGGAUCUUUGAUGGACGCAAGCACUACACUGGCCCGGUCAUGGAUGUCCAAGGCAUGCUCAACGGCAAGGUCGAGGGCAUGGAGCCCGUCCAGUCGGGAGAGACCGCCGAGAUAGAGCCCACGAAGCACUGA